AUGGGUAAAAGUUUAAAAAGAUUAAUACGUUCCAAUAUUUUCCCCAUUUUAUUAAUUAUAUUUUUAAUAUUUUGUUUAUUCAUUAAUCAAAAAAUAAAUAAAACAAUUACAACUACAAAUAUUAAUAAAUUAAUUAAUGAAACAAAUGUUCAAUCAUUUAUUGAUCAUAUAACAGAUAUUGUUAUACUUCAUCAAAACUAUCAAUUUACUAUUAUAUCAAAUCUAACAGGUAAUAAUAUUCCAAAAUGGUUAUAUCAAUAUGAAAUCUCACAUCUAUUUAAUUUUUACUGGUUACAAAACGGAGCAUAUCUAUGGCAUUUACAACGUUUAAUGUAUAUUAGAUUAAAUCCAAUAGAUCGAAAAUUUCAACAAAAUUUUCAACAAAUAGAUAUAUUUAAUUAUUUACAUCAACAUCCAGAAUAUGGUAUUAUUAUUGAUACAGCAUCUGAUCCAAUUCAACCGUUAUUUACACCAUUACCAAAAUCAACAUUGUCACUUGAAAAGACAUGUCAAUUAUACCAAUGGUUAAAUACAUGGUAUCCAUGUACGACAAGAUCAGAAAUGAUAUCUUCAUCUAUUUUUAGACCUCUAAUUACAUAUGCUUUAUAUGAUGUAACAAUUGAUAUAUAUAAACAUUCGUCUGAUUUAAAAAUAAUUCAUUAUGAUGAAAUUAUUUAUUUAUUUGAUAGUCAACAACAAUUAAUAAAUGAAACAUAUUUUGUUAAAGAAAUUUUACCACGUUUAAUUCGUCUGAUAGCACUUGUACCUGAAACAGCGUAUAUUUUAUUACCAUAUUUAAAUAUAAAAAUAUAUAUUAGUCAAUAUAUUGACAUUUUAAUUCAACGUGGUGUAAUUAAUAAUAAAAAACGUCUUAUUCAAUAUAAUUCAAGUCAAAUUUAUCAUGCUAAUGUUAUUUAUUCGACAUCUUCUCCACGUUCCGAUUUAAUAUUAUUAAAUAAAAUUUUACUUGAUCAAAAAAAAUUAUCUAUUCGACGUGAAUUAAUUUUAAUAAUUCGUAAUAAUCUUGAUGAUUAUAGUUACAAUGAAAUUGUUCAAAUUAUUCAUCAAUUUGAAUUACCUGAAGAUUAUAAAUAUUUACAUAUUGAAGAAUAUAAAGAAGAAUCAUAUAAUUUAACACAAAUUCAAAAUUUAUUUCGACAAUCACGUAUUAUUAUAGGUAUGCCGACAGAUAUAUUAUCUCAUAUAGUAUGGUGUCAACCACGUACACAUAUUAUUGAAAUAAUACAAAAAACUAUGACAACAGAUUAUUAUGAAAUAAGUUUACAACUUCAAUUAAACUAUUGGUUAGCAUUGAUAACUAAAACUAAUACUAUAGAUAUUAUUGAAUUCCGUUAUUUGAUGAUGAAAAUUUUAGCGAAUAUUGAUGCAUAA